AUGCUAUGCAGAUGUAAAGUUGUGGACAUUGGUAACCAAGAUAAUAUUUUUACCCGAUCACGCAUAUGUUUCAGGCCAUACAAUCACCGAAGACCCAAAUUAAUCAUGAACAUAUUAACGAUAUUGGGAAUGGUUGUAGCGACCUCGGCUGUAACGCUACUUUGUAUACGAUUUGGUAUGGUAAUGACAAAAACUCCGAUCCAGGCAGGUAAAGUCUAUCAUACGACUGAUGUCAGAUCAAUCGCCCACAACCGUGGUAAGCUUCUAGUUGUGACCGUACCACCUGACACUACCGUAGAGCUAAACGCGACUGACAAGUCAGUUUCUCAAGAUCAACAAGGAAUGUGGAUUAGCCUCCCGGAAUCUACUUUAACGGUAUCUGAAAAUCAAUCACUGACAAAUUAUUCGUCCUUCGAACACUCACAGCAGGAAAAUUAUAGUAGAUCUCUGUCAGACAUAGGGCUAGUCCAAGAUGACAGUUUUUUAGUCGGACCAUCGACAUCUAAGAGUGUGGGUCAACCGAUCGAUCUCCGAGAGCCGUCGAUCAAUAUAAAUCAGUACAACACAAACGAUAACAUCAUGACCCUGGGUGAUAACAGUGAGAACAAUGAUGAAUACGUAACUGGCAAUACUAAAAAGCAUCAAAUAAAUGGCAGGUAA